AUGCACACAGUUCACGUAGCGCGUCGAUCACUUCGCCCCCCUGCACACAACCCGUGCCUGAUUUUGACGUCGCCGGGCAAUCAACGAGGUUUCGAGUUGCUGUCGCUCGCCGAUCACUUCGUCCUCGACGACGUUGGCACACACACACGAGCUGGUCACAAUGCAUCGAAGUACAUCAUGAGCGGCGGCGAGGAGAUGCACGAAAGCAUACUUAACAAACUGGGAUGCGCACGAUCUUCGAAGAUCAGCACCAAGAAACCAGCACCACUCCUCAACUCCUCCUCACCGAUGGGAGACAACAACUCUCCCUACGCCCAGCACUGGGGGCUCCCCCAGUCCACUGCAGCUGCGUUCUACCAGACAGGCUGGGGUAACUGCAGUGCUCUCCCCAACACUCCGCGCCCGGACUUCAACCAGUUCCUGCAGGAGUGCCAGGCUGAGGCGGACACCGCUCCUGCCAACAUGAACGCGCCCAUCCCCGAGCUUCCCGCUGAGGCCAGGCAGCUGGUCCCCGGCAACGCUUUCGAGGCCCUGGGUAUCAACCUCAACCGUGACGCUCCUGUGAAGCCUCAGCUCGAGCCCAGCUCAGCAGAACGUUCUGCCCUUCCAGCCCGCCCCACAGCAGUACUGGAGCCCCCAGACUGGCAGAACCAGCAGGCGCCCCUGCUCCCUCCUCUCCCCGGCACGGAGAACGCUAACCCUGCUCCCGCCUACUCCGUUCAGGAGUGCGACCAGCCUGCCGCCUGCAACGCCAAUUUCACUCCUGCCUGCUCCAUGCAGGAGUGGAACCAGCCCGCCGCCCCCAACGCCAACUCCGCUCCCGCCUGCUCCAUGCAGGAGUGGAAUCAGCCAGCCGCCUCCAACGCCCCGCCGACGCUCGCCGCGGCCAUGGACAGGCUUUCCAACGCCCAGAUGACGGUGCACGACGUUCUCGCCGCUCUCGGUGCGCCUAUCGAGCCCGUCGCUUCUGCUCCUCCUUCCGGCCCGGCGCCCAAGAAGACCCAGCCGAAGGGCAAGGGCAAGGGCAAGGCCGCUACCCGCGCUCCCGUCGCUGAGAAGGCCGCUGUGGCUCCCGAGCCGAAGAAGCGCGUCCGUCGCGUGGCGGCUAAGAAGGCCGCCGCUGCCAUCACCGCAGCGGCUGAGGACGUGGACGUGUCUGACUCUUCCGUCGACCCUGCCGUCUCUGCUCCUCCCGCUCCAGCUCCGGCUCCGGUCAAGACCACCGGUGGCCGCGGUGGCCGCGGAGGCCACGGAGGCCGGCGCAAGUCCGCCAAGGCGGCCGCGAAGACGCACAAGCGUACCCGCUCCUCUGCCUCCUCGACCUCUGUCGCCCUCUCCAUCAGCGACAUCAAGAUGGACCCGAUCAAGCCGCGGCGCAACCAGAACCAGCGGGCGGUGUACUACCCCCCUCGGAAGCUGACGCCGUGGACUGAGCUCAUGGCGCGGCACCUCGCCAACUCCCUCCCUUCCGUCAAGGACGGCAAGAUCGAGGUGCUGUACACGGACGACCACCGGGCUCCGCACGGGCGGGAGAUCGGCGUGCGCCGCGUCUGUGGCGAGUGCAACAAGCUCCUGCCUUAUCCCGUAAAGAAGGUGAAGGACGACGAGCCCAAUGAGACGGUGCGCCUCGGCGUCAUGCCCGGCACGACGGUGAUGCUGCACUGCAACGCGUGCGGAAUCUACCAGCGCGACAAGGUCCAGCGCCGCGCCUUUGGCAUGUGGGGCAUCACCGGGCACGUGUACGCCGACGGUGACAAGGAGUACGUCCCCAUGGCCAAGAGCGAGCAUAAGCGGAAGGCGGGGGAGAGGGAGCAGCGCAAGCGCAUCGACCGCAAGUUUAAGACCAUGCUGGAGAAGCUGAAGAAGGAGAAGGCUGAGCGCCAGGCGGCCAGGCUCGCUGUGCUUUGCGAGGGGGGCGAGGGUGAGACGCCCGACGUCGAUGGCGAGUACUCUGAGGACGAGGAGCCCGAGUACGACAUCGUCGACAUCGAGGUCUGGGGCGAGGACGAGUGA